AUGGCAGACUCGGACGGCGAGUACGUCGAAGACCUCUCCGACGAUGAUCUCCCCACCGCCGCCCCCACCGGCACCGGCACAGGACGACAUGCAACGCGCUCGAGCGGCCCUGUGAAGGGACCCGAGGCGGUGAGGAAUGGAGAGAAGGAGAAGCAGAAGCAGGGGAGGAGGAGGGCGGCGUGGGAGGAUAUACAGAGGAGUUGGGAUACGGUUGUUGAGGGGGCGGAUGGAAGUUUGAGUUCUACUGUUGAGGGGCUUUUGGAGGCUGGGAAGAGGCAGAGACUCCUCCGCGACACAACCCCCCUCCAACGCGGCAUAAUCCGCCACCUAAUCCUCAUCCUCGACCUCUCCUUCGCCAUGACCGAGAAAGACCUCCGCCCAACCCGCUACCUCCUCACCCUCCGCUACGCCACCUCCUUCAUCACUGAGUUCUUCGAGCAGAACCCCAUCUCCCAGCUCGGAAUCCUAGGCAUGCGCGACGGACUCGCCAAACCCAUCUCCCCCCUCUCCGGGACGCCGACUGUACAUCUUAGUGCGUUGGGGAAACUGAGGACGCAGGAUCCGCAGGGUAGUCCGUCUCUACAAAACGCCUUAGAGAUGGCGAGGGCGAGCUUGUUCCACGCACCGAGCCAUGGGACGAGGGAAGUCCUCAUCAUCUCCGGCGCCCUCCUCUCCUCCGACCCAGGCGACAUCCACACCACCAUCUCCUCUCUCACAAGCGACCGCAUCCGCGUCUCCGCCAUCGGGUUAGCGGCCCAAGUCGCCAUCCUCUCGGAGAUCUGCACCAAGACCAAGGGCGACUACAGCGUCGCGCUGCACGAAGAGCAUUUCCGCGCUCUCUUCAUGGGUGUCACGACCCCGCCGCCGACGAGGGCGAAGGAGCAGAAUCAGUCUAGUUUGCUGAUGAUGGGGUUCCCCUCGCGGACAGUGGCGAAGGCGUAA